CGGGUCUGAUAGCCUAGCCUCGCGCCUGCAAAGUCCCCGGCUCGCGGGCAGCCACGAACCUCCGCCACUGCCGGGUCUCAGUGGGUGCCUGCGCCCGUGCCUCACCCGCCUGCCCAGGUCGUCCCGAGGCUCGCUCCGCCGGCCGCCGGUGCUCCACGGCGCUGCCCAUGGCCAAGCCCGAGAGUCGACUUCGGGCGCCAGACCGGCUGGAAGGUGGCGCGGCUCAGUAAUCGGAAGCCGGCGACACCCAUGUGUCACUGAUCCGGAGGCAUCCCUCGCGGCAGCGCUUCAUGACCCAGCGGCGCCCCGCCCAGUGAAGCCACCGUGGUGUCCAGCAUGGCCGCGCUGCUCCUGGGCGCGGUGAUGCUGGUGGCCCAGCUCCAGCUAGUGCCUUCCCGCCCCGCCGUGCCCGGGGCCGAGCUGGGCCAGCCGGAGCUUGUGAGGAAAGCGGCGACCUUGCAGGGCGAGAUCCGGGAAGGCGCGGCCCCCAACGGCUCCGCCCAGCAGCUGCCGCAGACCAUCAUCAUCGGCGUGCGCAAGGGCGGCACACGCGCACUGCUGGAGAUGCUCAGCUUGCAUCCCGACGUGGCGGCCGCCGAGAACGAGGUGCACUUCUUCGAUUGGGAGGAGCAUUACAGCCAAGGCCUGGGCUGGUACCUCAGCCAGAUGCCCUUCUCCUCUCCGCACCAGCUCACGGUGGAAAAGACCCCCGCGUACUUCACGUCCCCCAAAGUGCCUGAGCGGGUCCACAGCAUGAACCCGUCCAUCCGGCUGCUGCUCAUCCUGCGGGACCCGUCGGAGCGCGUGCUGUCCGACUACACCCAAGUGUUCUACAACCACGUGCAGAAGCACAAGCCCUACCCGUCCAUCGAGGAGUUCCUGGUGCGUGAUGGCCGGCUCAACGUGGACUACAAGGCCCUCAACCGCAGCCUGUACCACGUGCACAUGCAGAACUGGCUUCGCUUCUUCUCGCUGCGCCGCAUGCACAUCGUGGACGGCGACCGCCUCAUCAGGGACCCCUUCCCCGAGAUCCAAAAGGUCGAGAGGUUCCUGAGGCUGUCGCCGCAGAUCAAUGCCUCGAACUUCUACUUUAACAAAACCAAGGGCUUUUACUGCCUGCGGGACAGCGGCCGGGACCGCUGCUUACACGAGUCCAAAGGCCGGGCUCACCCCCAAGUCGACCCCAAGCUCCUCAAUAAACUGCAUGAAUAUUUUCACGAGCCAAAUAAGAAAUUCUUCGAGCUUGUCGGCAGAACAUUUGACUGGCACUGAUUUGCGAUAAGCUAGGCUCGGAACCUUUCCUAUUGUAAGUUCUAGUGUACAUCUAGGGGGGAAAAAGAAUUUUAAAAGGGCAUUUAAGCUAUAAUUUAUUUGUAAAAUCCAUAAAUUACUUCUGUACAGUAUUAGAUUCACAAUUGCCAUAUAUACUAGUUAUAUUUUUCUACUUGUUAAAUUGAGGGCAUUUUGUAUUGUUUUUCAUGGUUGUUAACAUGUGUAAUAUGUCUCUAUAUGAAGGAACUAAAAUAUUUCACUGCAAAAAAGAAAAAGAAAAAUUCUGGAGACGCUGUCUUUUUUGAAUGUAAUUAACUUGCCCCCAACUCAA